AUAUUUAUUUUAUGCAUCAAACAUAUAUUAUUUUUUAAUAUUGCAUACAAAUUAUACAUAUAGAUCCUUUAACAGUAAAUCCUAAAGAAUUAAAAUACGUGGAUGCUGACGUAAAUAUGUAUUAAAAUUUUGUAGAAAAUGCAAACAUUAUAAUAAAAAUAAAGUCCAAAGUUCAAUAAAUUUUGAGAAUUAGAUUUAUGAAAAAAACUAUACCUACCUCUUUUGCUACUAUUUGGUAAAGAUUUAGAUAGGAAGAAUUACAGUGAUGCUUUCUAAAUCAACUUUAACUAGAGCUUGGCGGUUAUGGAGCUGUGCGGCAAAAAGAAAUUAUGCGAACCAUCCAAAAAUUACUACUCAUUAUACAAUUUUUCCUAGAGACAAGGAUGAAAGAUGGAAAGACAUUGACAUGGAACGAUAUGCAGAUGAAGUUGAUAUAGUUAUUGUCGGAGGUGGCCCUGCUGGAUUAUCUGCUGCCAUUAGAGCAAAACAAAUUGCUUCCGAAAAGGGAAAAGAAAUUCGAGUAUGCGUGAUUGAAAAAGCUUCUGAAGUUGGGGGUCACAUAUUAUCCGGUGCAGUUAUUGAUCCUCGUUCUAUUAACGAGUUAAUACCGGACUGGAAAGAAAAAGGUGCUCCUAUUAACACCCCCGUUAAAAAAGAUCAAUUUCAAUUUCUAACUACCAACAGCGCGAUAUCAUUACCAAUUUUCAAAGGAUGGCCUAUGGAUAAUCACGGAAAUUAUAUAGUUCGUCUUGGUCAUUUAGUAAAAUGGCUGGGAGAACAAGCUGAAGAAUUAGGCGUUGAGUUGUAUCCAGGAACAGCCGCUUCAGAAAUAAUAUUUCAUGAGGACGGAAGUGUUAAAGGCAUUGCAACAGCGGAUGUGGGAAUUGGGAAAGAUGGUUCUCCAAAAGACACUUUUGCACGAGGAAUGGAAUUCCAUGCAAAAAACACAAUAUUUGCUGAAGGUUGUCGAGGACAUUUAACAAAACAAAUUAUGUCAAAAUUUGGUUUACAUAAGAGUUCUGAACCCCAAACUUAUGGAAUUGGAUUAAAGGAACUUUGGGAAAUUAAUCCAGAGAAGCAUGUACCUGGAUUAGUAAAACAUACUAUUGGAUGGCCUUUGGAUAAAUUUACGUAUGGAGGCUCAUUUUUGUACCAUUUAAACGAACCUACACCAUUAGUAGCUGUAGGUUUUGUAGUUGGACUUGACUAUUCAAAUCCUUGGAUUAGUCCUUAUAGGGAAUUUCAGAAAUAUAAAACACAUCCGAAAAUUAAAGAGAUUUUCGAAGGUGGCACUAGAAUAGCAUAUGGAGCGAGAGCAAUCAAUGAGGGUGGUUUCCAAUGCAUACCCAAAUUGACGUUCCCAGGAGGGUGUCUUGUAGGUUGCAGCGCAGGUUUUCUUAAUGUUCCAAAAAUUAAAGGGUCUCAUUAUGCUAUGAAAAGCGGAAUGUUGGCUGCGGAAAGUAUUUUAGAGAGCAUAUGGAAUGAAAGAACGCAAGAAAAAGCUGGAAUUGAACCAAAAUCCUAUCCUGAUAAAGUAAAGGAAUCUUUCAUUUGGAAAGAUUUACAUAAAAUACGCAAUGUUCGCCCGGCAUUCCAUAAUCCUUUUGGUUUAUAUGGGGGUUUGAUGCUAAGUGGGAUAUCAAUGUUUCUUGGAGGCCGCGAACCCUGGACUUAUUCUCAUGGAAAACCAGACAAUGAGCGUCUUAAACCCGCUAGUGAAUUCAAAAAAAUCGAAUAUCCAAAACCAGAUGGGAAACUUACGUUUGAUUUAUUAACUUCAGUUUCGUUAACGGGUACUAAUCAUGAAGCUGAUCAGCCUGCUCAUUUAACGUUAAAAGAUGACAGCGUCCCCGUCGAUCUAAAUUACUCAAUAUAUGAGGGACCAGAAUCUAGAUAUUGUCCAGCCGGAGUAUAUGAAUUUGUUCCAAAUGAGGAUGGCAAUGGUGUUAAAUUAAAUAUAAAUGCCCAAAAUUGUAUUCAUUGCAAAACUUGCGAUAUAAAGGAUCCAUCGCAAAAUAUUAAUUGGGUUGUUCCUGAGAGCGGCGGAGGUCCUGCAUACAAUGGAAUGUAGGAUCUAAUAACUAUAAAUAGGCCAAGUUUUAUUGAUUUGUUCUUGCAUUUUUUGUAUUUUUUACUCAAAAAAUAUUUUAUACCUACGUAAUGUUGAAAAAAUAGUAUGGUAUUUUUGUAUGUUU